GUGUAGCCGCGUCUCUCUUGGAGACUUCGACUCCUCUACCGGUCUCCCCCACCUCGGCUCGUGUCUUCCUCCGACGAGAAACAACCGCGGGGCGAAGGACUCCACCACUCCCACGCGGCCGGCGAGGUAACCAGCCUGUUUGCCACUUCCUACUCUCCCCCUCCGCACGCACGCGUUCGGUUUCAGCCUCCCACUCGACGCACGCGCCCAGCCUUCUAAGCCUAGGCUCCCGACGCAGGGCGGAAGUUUCAACGCCGCCGGGGUAUCCCUUCCUCUCUCUGCCGGAUCCCCCGCCCCACCCGCCGCUCCUCGGUCCGCUUCCGCCGCCGCAGCGCCGCUCCUCGCUGGGUCCAGUGGAGAUCCAGUUGGGGCGCGGAUUGAUCCCUUCUUGUGUUGAUUUCUCUGUACAAUGAGCUGGAGAAUUCCUCUUUUUGGCAGUUCUCAGCAGCAGCAAGCUGAUCCAAAUUUCCAGGACAUCCCUACGCAGUCUUGGUACCCUCCCUCAGUGGUAGGUUCGUCUUCACGUCCAUCCACACCUGGCUCUUCUAGUGCUAGUCUGCAUCAGAGAGCUUCAGAUCAUCCUCAGCCUUCAUCGCGUGGCCAGCCAUCUCCAGCUGAGGCUGCAGGGGUAAUUGCUCGUCUGAAGGAUAAGAGUAUUGAUGAGUUACAGAGGUUGUUGAAAGACAAGGAGGCAUAUAAUGUACUCUUUAAUUCACUUGAUCAAGUGAAAACUCAGAACAAUGUACGCGAUGAGCUUAGAAAGGAGACUUUGCAACUUGCGAGGGAAAAUUUAGAAAAGGAGCAACGGAUCCUGGAGCUCAGAAACCAGUGCACUAUAAUAAGAACCACAGAACUGGCGGCUGCUCAAGACAGGUUAACUGAUUUGGAAAUGCAAAAGGACGAGAUCAUGAAGUCCUAUUCUCCUGCUGCGCUGCUCAACAAGCUCCAAAGGUCAAUGGCGAAGUUGGAUGAGGAGUCCGAGGAGCUGCACCAGACGUUCCUAGAGAAAGACAUCGACCUGCCUACCUUUGUGCAGAAGUACAAGAAGCUCCGAACUGCCUACCACAAGCAGGCGUUGCUCCAUCUCGCCGGGCAGGCAUCGCUUCGCUGAUAUCCGUAGUCACUCGUGUUGCACAAACUAUCGUGGCAACUUUGUUGUAUACCUAUUCAUUCUUGUUCUCCGUCGUUAUGCAUCUGUCUGCUUGGCCCUGUUUUUGAGUGCAGCAUAUAGUAGGCUUGCCAAACAUCAAACGGAUAUCGCGUGCAUAGUUAUGUCUUGCAUUUGGUGUCCUGGUCGGUAUCUGACCAAGUCAAAUAUACAUGCGGUAAUCAAACCCAUUGCCUUAUUUUUGUAAAGCUGUCUUAUGCUUGAUGGUU